CGGCUCGUCAUAUGGACAGGUGAGGUAAGCAAGGUGCGCUACCUGUGACCCACAUAAGAAAAUAACAUGUACAAUCUAUACUUGUACACCAAAAGUCAUUGAAACGGUUCGUAUGAUACAUGAAAUGCAGUUUUUCGUGUCUACUUCGUGAUUGCCACCUGUUAUCACCAAGUUAUGGAUAUUGACAACUUUUAGUUAAACUACAACAAUGUCACUUGAUUCAAACAUGGCGGACUACAGAUAUUGUCAUUGGAUAAACGAAGAAUGGCAGGAAGGGUGCCUACAGGAUUUACCAGGGAGUUGCUGAUUACUGGGAGUGCUUCUAGUAUGUUGAACAGGAUUCAGUGAAACAUGGAAAGUCAUAAACCACGGCGACCUGGGACAAAGUCCGCUGUUGGUGCAUUUGGUGGGGGAGAAAUGGAUACUGUUGGUCGAGACAGCCCAAAUAACCAGGCCCUUUUCUUGCAAAAAAUAAGGGAAAGUAAUGAAGCUGUCAACAAUGGAGACUACCAUCAUGCCAUUCAGCUUUAUUCAGAAGCCAUCCAACUGGACAGCAACAAUCACAUCCUGUACACAAAUCGGUCAGCUGCAUUUCUCAAAGUAAACCAGUAUCAAAGAAGUCUUGAAGAUGCCCAAAAAGCUAGAAGUCUAAACUCAAAGUGGUCUAAGGCCUACCUACGGGAAGGAGUGGCACUGAAACACCUGGGGCAGUAUGGGGAGGCUCUGGCAGCAUUUGCUGCUGGACUGGCACAAGAACCGAGCAAUGUUGUUCUACUGGCUGAAUUGUCACAGGCAGCAAUAACAUGUCCCCUUCGAGAUAAGCUGGCUCCAACCUUCCUGCAGCUGGAGAAGUUAAGACUGCACAGAAGUCCGUUCGUCAUCAUCUCUGUGAUUGGGCAAGAACUACUGGCAGCCGGAAACUAUGAGUCUUCUUUAUUGAUGCUAGAAUCAGCACUUCACAUUGGAACAUGCAGUCUCAAGCUGAAAGGUUCAGUGUUCUCAGCACUGAGCAGUGCAUACUGGGCAAUGAACAACAUGGACAAGGCCAUCUACCAUAUGCAACAAGACCUGGCCGUAUCAAAGUCUUUAGGAGACCAAGAUGGUGAGUGCCGUGCAUAUGGGAACCUGGGGUCUGCAUAUUUUUCCAAAGGCCAUUACAAAGAAGCAUUAUCAAAUCAUAGGUACCAGCUUGUCAUCGCCAUGAAGCUGAAGGACAGGGAUACUGCAGCCUCCUCACUCAGUAGUCUUGGCCAUGUAUACACAGCAAUUGGGGACUAUCCAAAUGCACUCAACAGUCAUAAACAGUGUGUCCUUCUACUUAAACAGAGUGGCGAUAAGCUGGCAGAAGCGGAAAUUGGUAAUGUUGGUGCAGUUUAUUUAGCUAUGAGCAACUUUGACAGUGCAGUAGAGUGCCAUCAGGAACACUUAAAAAUGGCCAAGGAAUUGAAGAGUCAUGUGGAGGAGGCACGUGCAUACAGCAACCUUGGAAGUGCUCAUCAUUACAACAGAAACUUUCAAAAAGCAAUAUUGUAUCAUAACAGUGUGUUGAAAAUUGCUGAACAGCAUGCAGAUAAGGCACUAGAGGCUCGUGCUUUUGCUGGUCUGGGUCAUGCAUCUCGGUGCUUGGGUAAUACCACACAAGCCAAAAGCUUCCAUGAGCAGCAACUUGAUAAUGCCUUGCAGACCAGAGACAGAGUUGCAGAGAGCAGAGCUUGUUCUAAUCUAGGUAUUAUCUAUCAUCAAUUGGGUGAAUAUGAGGCAUCACUAAAGCUUCAUAAUAACAACUUGCGUAUUGCCAAAGCUCUAGGUGACAAAGCUGGACAGGGCAGAGCUUAUGGCAACAUUGGAAAUGCAUAUAGUGCUCUAGGUCAGCAUGAAUUGGCUGUUAAGUACCACAAACUAGAACUUAAAAUUGCCUCAGAAGUAAAUGAUCGUCACUCAGAAGGAUCCACCAAUGGCAAUCUUGCUGUGGCCUACCAAGCUCUUGGUUUGUAUGAAAAUGCACUACAGCAUUACCUCUCUCACCUGAAUAUUGCCAGAGAGCUUAAAGAUUCAUCUAGUGAAGCAAGGGCACUCAGUAAUCUUGGUAACUUUCAUUGUGCACGAGGUGAUUUCAGAAGUGCAGUAUCCUUUUAUGAGCAAAACUUGAGCCUUUCACAGGAACUCCAUGAUAUGGAAGGUGAGAGCAAAGCUUGUUUUAGUCUUGGGUAUGCUCAUUACUCAUUGUGUAAUUAUGAGGAAGCUGUUCGCUACUAUGAACAAGAUUUGUCACUUGCAAGAGAGAUGAAAAACAGAUUGUCAUUGGCAAGGGCAUAUUGUAAUUUAGGUCUUGCUCAUAAGUCUCUUAAGAACUUUAAUGACUCCUUAGAAUGCCAAAAGAAAUGUUUAGGUUUGAUGGAUGCUUUAAGAAAUAGUCCUGGCAAAUUCCGUGCAUUGGGAAAUAUUGGUGACCUCCUGCUAAAGACUGGAGAUAUAGAUGAGGCCAUAAAGGUCUAUCAACAACAGUUGCAACUUGCCAAACACUGCCAAGACCAAGAUCUACUUGCUGCUGCUUAUGGUUCGUUGGGUGUAGCUCAUCGUAUGUUGGGACAGUAUGACAAGGCUUUAGCCUUCCACACACAAGAACUAAACAUCAGACAAGAGAGCAAUAACAUGAAGGGAGAGUGUAGAGCUCAUGGUAAUAUGGGCAAUGUGCACAUGUCCUUGGGAAAUUAUCUCAGUGCUUUCAAAUGCUAUGAGGAACAACUAGAGAGAAGUCGUGACCUGCAUGACAUUGAGUUAGAAGGACAAGCCUGUGGCAACCUUGGCAUCACAAAAAUGAAUAUGGGACAUUUUGAGGAAUCUAUUGGUUUGUUUGAACAGCAGUUAGCAAUGUUGGAACAACUAUAUGGAGAAGUACCAAUGAGGGACAAAGGGAAAGCUUUUGGAAACCUUGGUGAUUGUUAUGAGGCACUUGGAGACUUUGAAGAGGCCAUCAAGUGCCAUGAGCAGUUUCUUGCACUAGCUCAACAAUCAUGUAAUCUUCAUGAACAAGACCGAGCUUAUCGUGGGCUUGGAAAUGCACACAGAGCUAUUGGCAAUUUACAGCAGGCUUUGGUUUGCUUUGAAAAGCGACUUGUUGUUUCUCAUGAACUCAACAGCCUUGUUGCCAAGGCCUCAGCAUAUGGUGAACUGGGCUGUCUGCACAGUCUACUUGGGAAUUUUGAACAGGCAAUCUCAUGUUUAGAACACCAACUAAGUAUAUCAAGAGAAAUGGGAGAUGAACAGUGUGAAGGAGAUGCUGCAUGUGGACUUGGUGGAGUUUAUCAGCAAAUGGGGGAGUAUGAAUCGGCUCUCAAGUACCAUCAGAUGGACUUGCAGAUUGCAGAGGCUGGCAACAAGACAGCCUGUCAAUGCCGAGCCUAUGGGAAUCUGGGAUUGUCCUACGAGUCCCUUGGAAACUACCAAGAAGCAGUUAGGCACCAAGAACAGCAUCUAAGUAUUGCAGCACAAAUGAAUGACCGAGUUGCAAAAACUCUUGCAUACAGCAGUUUAGGAAGAGUACACCAUGCACUAGGGCACCAUACAAAAGCUGUUCAGUACCUGGAGCAAGGACUGAACAUUGCUGAGCAGUUAGGACGGCGUGAAGAUGAGGCCAAAAUAAGGCAUCGACUUGGGCUGUCUCUAUGGGGAGAUGGACGGUUGGAUGAGUGUCAAAUCCAGCUAUAUAAAGCAGCUGACUUGUUUGAGACAAUCCGGCGAGAAUCUCAGUGGAGCAGUGACUACAAACUGUCAUUGUUUGACCUGCAAUCAGCAUGCUACCAAACACUUCAGAGAGUGUUGGUGGACCUUAGUCGUCCUGAGGAAGCACUUGCUGUGGCUGAAAGGGCAUGCACUCGUGCUUUCAUUGAUCUGCUACUUGAAAGGCAAGCAGGUUCUGCAGGCUUGUUUAACGGAACAACUAUGGAUUUGUCUCCUAUUACCAUCGACCAGAUCAACACAACUGUCAGUAAGCAGCAUGGAGUGGUUUUGUACUUCUCCAUUGCUGCUGGCUUUCUUUACAGCUGGCUUCUCACACCUAAAAAUGGUUUGGUCCAGUUUGAAAAGAUGUCUCUAAGUGAGUUGGAAGCAGAUGUAGAUCCAAUGGCAGGAGACAGCCAAAGUGUUUUGAGCUUCACAACAGCCUCCAUAUUAGAAAACUGUGUGGGACAGAUGCGAGAAGCCAUUGGAGUUGACAGUCACAUACAGCCAGAUAGCGUCAGCAUGAGAGGUGCAAGACACAGCAUGGAGAACCAGAGUGGAUCAGAAAGUGAGACUGAUGAUGUAUUCCAGCUUCAGUUGGAGGAAAUCGGUGACCGCCUGAUUGCUGAAAAUGAUCGCACAGGAUUUCUACGAAUGGUUAACAGAGGCCAUUCUUUUAAUACAUCAACAUACAGUAUCAACAGUAUUUUCAGCCUUUCCAGUGGUGCUGGUGGAACUGUAAACACUAACUUCCCAUCUUACAGAGGGAAUUCAAAACACAUUAUUGGAGGUCGUUCUCCUCUUUCAGCCUUGUAUAGUUUCCUUUUGGGACCAAUGGAAGAAACACUGGCAAAUUUAAGCCAAGAUUUUUCGGAUCCUAUUGAUCUGAUUCUUGUGCUUCAAGGUGACCUGUACCUGGUUCCUUUUCUGAUGUUGCGGAAGGAACAGGCUGAAGAUUAUUUAUUUGAACGUUAUAAUUUGAUAAUUGUUCCAUCUAUCAGUGCUCUUUCCAACACACAAAAACUUGACCGCCAGGGGCGACCAAUGAUAGAUUCAUCAGGUGCUUUGGUUGUUGGCAAUCCAAAACUAAAUUCGAACAUUAGUCAGCACUGGCAUCUUCAUGAGAUUCCCGGAGCAGAGUAUGAGUCGAGGAUUGUUGGUGAGUUGUUGUCGUGUCGUCCACUCAUUGGUGUAGAAGCUACAAAGGGUGCUGUUUUGCACCAAAUAGAGCAAGUUGAGGUGAUCCACUUUGCCACCCACAUCUCAUGGAAACUUUCAUCUAUUGUACUGUCACCAACUGAAUUGGUUUCAUCAGGAGGCAGGUAUCAAACUAUCAAGUCCCAAGAAAAUAGUGGUAGUGAAUUUGACUCAUUAGAAGGUCCUCCAUUGUCAGAUUACCUUCUCACAGCAGCAGACAUUCUGAAUCUGAAACUCCAUGCAAAACUAGUGGUGUUGAACUCUGGCUAUACUGAUGACAGAGCAGGGCGAGUCAACACAGAUGGUGUGAUUGGCCUGACACGUGCCUUACUUUCAGCAGGAGCCCAGUGUGUGUUGUUUUCAUUAUGGCCAGUACCAGACCAGGCAUCAAAGUUAUUGAUGCGCAUUUUCUACACAGCAUUAGAAGACAAUAAGAGAGUAACUCAGGCUCUUGCUAAAGCUGUGAAAACUGUUCAGUGCACAAAACAGUUCUCUCACCCCUCUAACUGGGGUGGCUGGGUAUUGGUGGGUAGUGAUGUGUGUCUCAGUAGCAAGAUUGCAUUGAUGGGACAUGCUGUAUGUGAGAUUCUCCAGUCUCCCACCCAGUGUCGGGAAGCCAUGCGAGUUCUCUUGCACCUGAUUGAAAAGUCAAUUCAACGAAUAAUGAAUGGCACAAAGAAUUCAAUGUACACAACAUAUCAGAGCAUAGAGAACAAAGUUGGGGGAGUCAGUGGCUGGAAAGACCUACUUCAAGCAGUUGGUUUUCGUUUUGAGCCAGCAGGAAAUGGAUUACCUCCAGCAGUUUUCUUUCCUCAGUCAGAUACAGGAGAUCGACUAGCACAGGCCAGCACCAACCUCCAGGCACUAUUAGGUCUCCCUCCCAGCUCCCUGACUGCCCUGUCCAAGUUCAUCACCAACAGCCAGGUUGGGGAAGCUCUCAUCACUGUUAUGCGUAUGAUCUUAAACAAGCUUGUUGCCAAGGAAGCAGCAAUUGAUGUUCUGGUGAAUGUUGGGCUUUGGCGUACUGCAGGGUGUCAUGAAUUCCUGGCUUCUUUUGGUCUGGACUUAGUGGAUGUGGGCCUGGAUGAUGUCACACUACGUUUGAGCAAGCAGGCAGUGCGAAGACACUUACAGUUUGCAUUACAGGCUCUUGUUGCAGUAUUUGAUGCUCAGGAGGCUCCCCGGGAUUAUUCACUUGAUACAUCCAGCAGCCUUGAGAGUCUGUCAUCAUCACCUAGUGGAUCCACUGCCUCUGUCUUUUCACCCCCGCCACUUUCACCGUAUGGUCGAAGAUGUUCACUCUUCAAUCCAGCAGAGAUGGAGAAAAUGAGGUCCUCCAAGAUUCACUCUUUCAAUCAGGGAGAUGCAGAUGGCCGACAUUCAAAAGUGAUCACAAAAUCAGGUCAACAUGAUCCAUCCUUGCAGCUCUCCCAUCAAAACAAAAUUAAAAGUAUGUAUCCUCCACAUGGAAAUGAAUCUGGGAGCUUGUCCAGUAGUCCAGCGUUAACAGAUACAGGUGACAGCCCAGGUCCAGAUCAGUCAAGUUCCACUAAUGUUGAUCUUGACAUCAACAUGACCAGCAACACUGGAUCAGUCAUGUCAGAAUCUGCUGUUACAUCAACAGGUGGUACUCAAUCUCCUUUACUUCCAAAUGACCAGCUAAGCUUCAAGUCCAGUUCAGACAAUGUACAAGACACAUGUGAAAAUGAAAGGUUGAUGCAGCAUAGUGUUGCCAACAUGACCUCAUGUCCAUACUCGUCUUCCUUGUUAAAAUCAUCUCUGUCAACAGUUAACAAUACAACUGUUUAUAGCCCACAGUCUUCCAUGAGUAACAAAAUGAUGGAUCCUCAAGAGAUUGCUGAAAGGGUUAUGGCUGAUGUGCCAAAUGUCAGAGAGAUGAUUGAAAAAAUGCAAGAAAUUAGUCUGGUACAAUCAGAAAUGAACAGUCAUCAAAUACGACAAGUAUCUUCGAACACUGUUUCAAAACAGCAUAUUUUGUCAAUGGAUAAUAAAGACUUUACAAAGGAACACAGAAUUAAUUCACCACUCCUUCAACUCAGAAAAGGGAGAGUUCCAAAUCCUGCCAGCAUUCCAGUCCGAGUACAAAAGAGUUCUCAUUCAAGCUAUUCACAUCAAAAGAUAGGAAGGCAAGCAAUUUCUUCUGAGGUGCCUCAUAGGUCUGAUACUGUGAGUAGUUUAGUGCCAAGUGUCAUUCAUGUUACAAGUGGACAAACUGGAGAAAAUAGUGUAUCUUCUGACAACAGUGAGGGGGCAGAUUCAAAUUUGCAGUCUUCUGUAUCUAGUGGCUAUCAUUCAGAGAAAAACUUGACUGGCAAUGUGACUUAUCAUUCAGUGGAAGACAGAAAUUCCUAUACAAAAGAUUUUGUUAACAAAGGUCGCAGCGCUUACAGUUCUUCCUCACAGAUGUCAUCUUUCCGUCCAUACAAGCCUGCUUCUCCAUUGAUUAGAACAAAUGCAGUUCAGAGUCGACCCGAUAGCACAACCAGUACAAGUAGCCAAUACUCUACAUCCUCCUCAGGUCUCUCGGCCAUCUACAGACCUAUCAGUGAGAUAGUCACAACAGCCUCUUCACCUAAUCCUUCACCUUUGGAUACCAGAAAACUGAAAGAAUUUUCUUCCACAUCCUUGAGUCAUAACAAAAUAGAUUCAGUUACAAAACCCAAGAUGAAAGUGAGCUUUUCUGAAUCUGAAACAGAUCAGUCUUUCAACACCAGUUCUGAGGACAUGUCUACACAUGGUAUGCCAUUAAAGUUUGAUGUAAGCAGUACUCUUUCCUGCCCAAAGGGAUAUGAUAAGUUCUUUGAUUGCCAUAGUAUUGCCAAAUGUUGUAACAGUGAACUGCCAACUCCAACGGAACCUGCAGUUGCGUCAAAACAAGACUUUCCAGAAGGAUAUGGCAGUAAACCAGUGACAGACAUUGCUAGUGGCCUUAAAUCUUCAGGGAAAGUUUCAUAUCUCGACAAAGACAAGCGUGCUCUUCUGAAACGUCACAUGCUACAAUCAUCAAAGUGCUGACUUUUCUACAGAAUGACUGCAAACCUAGUGUCAGGCCAUGGUACAUUAUCUCUUCUUCAUAAAUGCCUUUUGAUAUGUGUACCCCCAUCAGCAUUGUCUUUUUUGUCGUAGUGUAACCAUGUCAGGACUCUAUAGAUGCAACUCUUGUUCACUUAGUUUCAAUUUUUAUUUCUGUGUUAACUGAGUCGAAUGUAGGUAUUUAUUGUUUCCUAUGUUUUUGCAUGUGUGUCAGUGUGAAUGGCUGACUUUAUAUUAUUGUAUGACAUGUACAUGGGCAUGUAAGGAAAAUAUAUUUGUAUGUUUAGGAUCAUAUUAUAUUUGAUUAUGAGGAAUUCUGUAUGUUCCUGUAUAAAAAGAGAUUCAAUAUAUUCAUUCAUGGAAA